AAAGUAGAGCUACUUCCGCAGCCAUUAGAACCGGAACAAAGCAAGGGAGAGAUGGGAUUUGGAUCUUUGAGAACCCUAAUUCGACCGCUAUCGAGAACUGUGAUAUCUCGUACCUCCACUCGCGUCACUACGACGCCGUUUCCUGCCACUUUCAUCCCCCAGGUCUGUUUUCAUUGGCCCCUUCACCGCCUAGCCCCGUGGUUUCCGAUCUCGAACCAUCUUCACAGCUUGACGGACGCUAGGUUUCCAAAGAGACGGCCCAGCGAUAGGUCUCGUCGCAAAAGAGCCAGCUUGAAACCUCCAGGGCCGUAUGCUUGGGUUCAGUACACACCGGGCGAACGGAUACCUCCGAGUAGUCCCAAUGAAGGCAGUGUAAAAAGAAGGAACGAGAAAAAGCGCAUAAAGCAGCACCGCGCGUUUAUACUGUCAGAAAAAAAGAAACGAAAAGCUCAGUUGCAAGAGGCUAAUAGGAAGAAAAUUAUAAAGAGGGUAGAGCGUAAAAUGGCUGCCGUGGCAAGGGAAAGAGCAUGGGCUCAAAGACUGGCAGAGCUGCAGCAGCUCGAGGAAGAGAAGAAAAAAUCCAUGGCUUAAAAUUCAUCCGCAGGACCUCAAAUGCAGAUGAUGUUUCUUGCUUUCUAGCUUUUUACCCAUUCUCGACUGCAUUUGUCAUAUUAGUUUCUUUCAGCUCCCAUGUUGUUCUCUCCUAUCUGUUAGAUAGGUGAGCCUAUGCUCAAUUUCUCAGUAUUUAGCCGCCUUAACAUAUACAGUGGUCUGUUAUGCACAUUUUUCAAUUGUAGAAUUGGACUCAUUUGGAGUU